CGGUGUAUUAUCGUUAUAACGAGUUUGCGAUUUUGUUGGAUAAUCCAUUUCAAACGUCUGUUUACUGUAAAAGCAUCGUAUGCGACGGCCGAUGCCGUGCGGUAGUGUUAUGUAGUGUGUGACAGUACGUCGCAAGAGGAUACAGUGUUGCCAGAUCGUGGGCGCGAAUACACGGCAAAAGCGGUACGUCGAUUUGCGAAACAUCGUGGUUAUACCGCGCGUACGUUUCUAGGACAUUGCAGCUGAAUCGUUUCGACUAUAACGGUGAAUUAUAAAGGUAAAGACGGCAAGUGGAUUUUCGAGUUUAUCGGGUAAUACGCCAGUGACAUUUGGUGCGGUGCUAUCGACGAAAUAGAGUUGGCAACGUUGCAUCGACUGCUCUCGCACACAAAUAUACGCAUACACGUACCUAGAAGGGAACUUGGGGUGGCUGGCUAGCAGGCAGGCGGCAGGCAGGCAAGCAGGCAGGCAGCUUUCUUGUUCCGAGGACGGCGCUCCUGGUCGCGCCGUCUCUCUUUUCUACCUCCAUUGCGCUUGCUCUUCUCUCCCUCUUCUCCCUGCCCUUCUCGUCCUCGGUCACUCAAUCACACUCUCCUUCUUUUGCUUUCUCUCUCUUUCUCUCUCUCGUGUGCGGCGCACGUACCGUUGAGAGUUUCUCCCUUCCCCUUCGAUACUCUUUCUCUACCGUUACCCCCUCCCCUCCUAACCUCGAGCGGGUCGGGCGAGUCCACUAAGCUUGCGAGGGGAGUUCGGCAGACCUCGGCUCUAGUCGGCCUCGAUCCGCAGAAUGUGCUAGACGCUGUGAGUCGAUCGCUCCAGUUUUUGAAUAUUCGUAUAUAGAGAGGCUGUACGGUGUUCACGGGGCUCGAAAACGUAAUUCCGCACAUCGUACACGGAUCCACAAGUUGCUAGUGCCUAUAUCGACGUUAGUUUUCACCAUCAGUUUGGGACGCACUCGAUCAGCGUAUAUCCGUACGACGGCCAUGUUUGGUGUUUACGAGGUGAGGGGGAAUUGCUGACGUCACGAACCCCGAUCUUGCACGAAGGGAGCAGCAGCACCAGCAGAAGCAGAAAACGUGUUGCCGGCCAACACGGACACUAAGUCCGACACGACUUCGAAACGAAACGAAACGGAGUCGAGUGUCCCGAGUGCUCGACUAAUAUCGUACACAGGAUCGUUGUGCGGUGAACACACGAAGAAGAAACUCGCGGCGCGCAAACUGUGCCGCUUGAAAUUCCCUUCCCGAUGGGACGUGCGUGUACGCCGACUUCGCUCGUGUUCGCCGGUCUUGCCGCGACUACUGGCCUUUCAAAAAACAUCGGCCGCAUUGCCGCCUCACUGCUGAAAUAGCAGCCACUCUAAUCACCGUCGGUCGACUCUGAUCAGUGCGGAAAACAUCGAGCGAUGCCGAGUGUUCUCGUAUACGAGACAACACGUGCCGCAUCUUCUUUCACAUGAUUCUCACCGAAAAUGUUUAGCACAUCGAGGAUGCGAUCAAAUUGAUCGCCCUUCAAAAACACGUGCUCACGUCGUAUUUCAUGUGCUGUGUAACAUUUUUUGCGCCGAAACGCCAAUAGUGCUACACAAAUUCAGUGAAAUUAGCGCUAUAUUUUCUUUCGUGAAACAACCGUUGUCUCAAUUGUUUUAUUGUGUUUACGGUGUGUCAACUCCGUUAAAUUAGAGCAUCGUGCCCGAUUCGGUGUCGGUACAUAUGGUGUUACAUUACUCGGUGUGGUUUCUUAGUGACACGCAUCACAUUCUUAUUGGAUAUAUUAACAGCUUUCAUACGCAUCUAACAAACAAGGAUUAAAACAUCAUGGAUCUAGGUGACAGAGUUUACGCUGCGGAACGGAUUACGAAGAAGAGGGAAAAGCGGGGCAAGGUAGAGUACUUUGUGAAAUGGAAAGGAUGGAGCAAGAAGUACAACACGUGGGAACCGGAAGAGAACAUUUUAGACGUCAGAUUAAUCGAAUUAUACGAAGAAAGUCAAAAAGGUGGUGAUGUAACUACGAGAAGACCAAGGCGGAGGGAUACUAGAUAUAAUGAACAAGUUCUUGCCAACUUGGUCGUCGAAGAAGAGCCAGGUGGAGACGAGAGAGUCGGAGAAGAUAGCCAAGACGAGUCGACUACUGGUAGCACCUCUGCUCCUCGCCUAAAUCCCGUUGCACCUGACGAAGAUACGCUUCCGAGUUCCCUCGACGGACACGAAUCGCCCACAGCCCCAUUAUCGGCAUCGUUGAGUGUCGAUUCAGACAGUUCGAAUAGCAGUGUAGACAGUCCUCUGUUACCGAGGAGAGAACCGACUGGUACAAAGAGGAAGGCUGAGGUUCUUAGCAAAGAAUCGGGAAAAAUCGGUGUUACCAUCACGACGAGCAGUCCCAGUAGUGGUAGCGGAAGUCCUCCGCCAAACAAGAUCCCUCGCCUGUUACCUUUGAAAAGUAAUCCAACAUCUCCCUCUUAUCACAGUCAUAAGGUUAACGGCAGGAGGCCGUCAUCUUCGAGCGUGAAGUCAACACCAGAGGAACCACUGCCGGCAGUGCCGACAACGCCAGCUCCAGCGGUGCAGGAGAAAAAGCGAGCCGAAGCCGACGUGCCUCACGGUCCUCCACCCUCGCUGCCGCGUGCACCACCGGCACCUUUAUCCCCCCAAAUAGACACUCCUCUGGAACAGCCUACCAAAAAGAGGCACUUGUCUGAACAAAAACAAGAGAAGUCGAACGGAGCUGUGACAGUGGACGCGAAUGGUCACAAGUCACCUAGCCCUACAGAUUCGUAUACGAACAACAACAGGUUACCGACUGUUGUCAAUGGACAUCAUAGUCACAAUAAUAACAACAAUCAUACCAACAAUAACAAUAAUAACAACACAUCGAGCGUGAAGCAAACGGAAAUCACGAAGACAGACAUAUAUGUCCCUCUCUCGAGUCCUGGUACGGAUUACUGGCAUGCAAGGAAUCCAGUUGCCGAUCAGGUGUUCAUUACAGACGUGACGGUGAAUCUGAAGACCGUUACCAUCAGGGAGUGCAAGACUGAAAAAGGAUUCUUCCGGGAGAGGGAUCCCAAGAGCGAUAUCUAUUAACGACCUUCGAAUAAGGACGUUUUACUGUGAAUUUCUAAUACUGAACCACGCUUGUAAAUAUAAAUUAUUUUCACACAUUGGAGUGUAGAGUCGAGGAUGAUGAAUAUGUAUAUUGACGGUAUUGACCUAUAUAUGGAAACAUUUUUUCUGAAAAUGUAAGACGGCGAACACUUUUUGGUGAUUGCGAAGAGAAUCGAGGUUAUAUGUAAUUACGAAAAAAUUUAUCAACUCGCAGUUUCCGGUACGUUGUACAUUCUGAACGAAGUUCCAAGAACCUCCAGAAGCAAAAAGUACGUGAACCUAGAAUUCAAUAUUUGUCGAUACGAUAUCCUGUGGAUUUGAUUGGAGACAAAAAUCGCGAAUGGUCAGUUCCGGUGUGUAGAAUAGAAAACUAUUGUGUAAAUCAGCGGAUAAAAGAUAGUGAGACUAUCGUCAUGCGACAUCUUUAUGCGAAAGAACAACGGUACGUUAUUAUGAGUCGCUGUCACAUCGUGAUAUACACUUGUACAUUUUAAAAACGCUUGAUAGACCGUAAUUCUCUGUACUA